UUUACCAUUGCCAUGGUUGGGCUGGCAGGAAACGCCAUUGUGCAAUGGCUCCUGGGCUUCCACAUGCGGAGAAAAGCAUUCUCCAUCUACAUCCUCAACCUGGCGGGAGCCAACUUCCUCUUCCUCUGCCGCCAAUUCAUAGAUUGCCUGAAUGCACUCAUCAACUACUUCCAUGCCGUCUCCAUUGACAUCCCUAGCUUUUUCAUCACUGUGUCAUCUUUGCCCUCGUCACAGGCCUGAGCUUUCUUAGCAUCGAGCUUUCUCAGCACCGAGCGCUGCCUGUCCGUCCUGUGGCCCAGCUGGUACCGCUGCCGCCGGCCCAAACACAUGUCAGCUGUCACGUGUGCUCUGCUCUGGGCCCUGUCCCCGCUGCUGAGCAUCCUGGAAGGGAAUUACUGUGGCUUCCUGUUUAGGGAUUUGCACGAUGAUGAUUGGUGUCCAGUGUUUAAUCUCAUCACUGCGGCGUGGCUGAUUUUCUUAUUUGUGCUUCUCUCUGGGUCCAGCCUGGUCCUGCUGACCAGACUGCUGUGUGGCUCCCAGCGGGUGCAGCUGACCAGGCUGCACGUGACCGUCGUGUUCACGGUGCUGGUCUUCCUCCUCUGCGGCCUGCCCUUCGGCAUCGACUGAUUCCUCUUAACCUGGAUUCACCAUGGUUUCGAUGCGAUCUCCUGUCAUCUUAACCUGUCCUGUGGCAGCAGCUGCGCCGAUCCCAUCGUUUACUUCUUCGUUGGCUCCUUUAGGCAGCGAUGGCGGAAGCGGCGGCAGACCCUGAAGCUGGUUCUCCAGAGGGCUCUGCGGGACUUUCCUGAGCUGGAUGAACGUGAGGGAAGUCUUCCUCAGGAAACUCUGGCGAUGCCGGGAAGAGGGCUGGGCCAGUGA